CUUGACUUUUCCCAAUCACCAGCUGAGAGAGUGAGGAUUGAACGCCAACUGGGACUGGAGACUAUCUGAUCCAUUCUUGUUGAAGAUUUAAAAAUUAAGCGGAAACAAAGUUCUGGUGACGCAGACUCUCCUUUUGAGGAACGUGGAUUCAAAAGGAUAAGACCUCUGGAAUCGCCAAAGCCGGUUGAACCCGAAUUUCAGCCUUAUACUGCAACCAAUGCUUUGUUAUACUCUUUGCAUGUGGAACGUGAAAAACGGAUUCAGCGUGUAGAGCAAGAAGAAUCCAAAUUUACUGAAGAAUAUUAUUCACAUCAAAAUCACGUCCUAGGCGAAGCAGUCGUGCAUCGACAAAAACGGUCCGCAUAGUUGUUUGCUUGCUAUCACCGUCUCCUUCAAGGUAAACGUGUCCUACCUCACUUAUGAAUACUGAAAAAACAAGCUCAACUUACCGACACUGGAGCAGCCUCUACCAUGAAUUAGGAAACGCCAUUGAACGUUUAGAGGAAGAAAAUAUUCGCUUAAAAACGGAGUUGACUUACGAGCAAAGAAUUCGUGCUCAAUUAGAACAAGAGCUUAGUAAUGAGCGUUCUCAAAAAAAGACACUUCCUGCUACCAAAUCUCCCAUAAAGACAACCGCCCCACCUGCCCUUUCAUUACCUCCUCUGCCCAAUUCUCAAGCUUCCACGACUGAAGAGGAAGAUGAAAUCCCAGGGAGUGAGACUGCUGAGGAAGACUUCGCAGGUCACGAAGUACCAAAGCAGGAACCUAUGUCUCCCAAACUCCCUUUUCAGUCUAAUGUCAAGCCCGAGCAGAACCAAAAUAUAUCUCUUUCAAUCUUUAAGGAUGAACCUAAUGAGGAUACCAUAUUAUCAAGUGAGAAUUCCUAUCAAAGUUCUCCCGGCGAAGCCCGUUUGCAAGCCCGUGCUCCAGAAGACAUGGCUUUGUUACGAGAGACCCAGCCUUUGGCUCCAUUAGACAUCAACAGCCUGCCUCAAUUUCAAGUUCCCAAACAACCUGAAUUUGUUAGCAAAAAGAAGAACUCGCAGGAUGAGUUUGAUGAUGUCGUUCGUGGAAAGAAACGAAAGGCAUUACCAGCGUUUGAUUGUCCUGAUUGCGAAAAAUUUUACAAGUUACACGGCCCUAUAAAAGAUACUGGCGUUGCACUAGAGUGGAACGACGAGAAUCGAAAACCAAAUAGCUUGCCUCAUACUUGCCCACACAGUACACUUGUUCAAAAAGUUGGCCGUCAUCGACGUCUGGUGCCUCCAAAAAGGAUCCCGGAUGGAUUUUGGGAAAGCGACUUCGUAGAUUAAUAUUUAUAGAUAUGGUAAUAGGUAUCAUUAUGGAAUGUC